CGCCCUGCGCGCCCGCGGCCCGAGCCCAGCCCGAGGCGGGCAGAGCGGAGCGCGCCGAGCCUCGUCCCGCGGCCGGGCCGGGGCCGGGCCGGAGCGGCGGCGCCUGGAUGCGGACCCGGCCGCGGGGAGACGGGCGCCCGCCCCGAAGCGACUUUCGGUCCCCGACGCGCCCCGCCCGACCCCUACAAUGAAGAGGGCGUCCGCCGGAGGGAGCCGGCUUCUGGCAUGGGUGCUAUGGCUGCAGGCCUGGCAGGUGGCGGCCCCAUGCCCAGGCGCCUGCGUGUGCUACAACGAGCCCAAGGUGACAACGAGCUGCCCCCAGCAGGGCCUGCAGGCUGUGCCCACAGGCAUCCCGGCCGCCAGCCAGCGCAUCUUCCUGCACGGCAACCGCAUCUCGCACGUGCCAGCAGCCAGCUUCCGCGCCUGCCGCAACCUCACCAUCCUGUGGCUGCACUCGAACGCGCUCGCCCGAAUCGACGCCGCCGCCUUCACCGGCCUCACCCUCCUCGAACAGCUGGACCUCAGUGACAACGCACAGCUCCGAGCCGUGGACCCCGCCACGUUCCACGGCCUGGGCCGCCUGCACACGCUGCACCUGGACCGCUGUGGCCUGCAGGAGCUGGGCCCCGGCCUGUUCCGAGGCCUGGCUGCCCUGCAGUACCUCUACCUUCAGGACAACGGGCUGCAGGCGCUGCCCGACGACACCUUCCGAGACCUGGGCAACCUCACUCACCUCUUCCUGCAUGGCAACCGCAUCCCCAGCGUGCCCGAACGCGCCUUCCGGGGUCUGCACAGUCUGGACCGCCUGCUGCUGCACCAGAACCAUGUGGCCCACGUGCAUCCACAGGCUUUCCGCGACCUCGGCCGCCUCAUGACGCUGUACCUGUUCGCCAACAACUUGUCCGCACUGCCUGCAGAGGCCCUGGCACCCCUGCGCUCCCUGCAGUACCUGCGGCUCAAUGACAACCCCUGGGUGUGCGACUGCCGGGCACGCCCACUCUGGGCCUGGCUGCAGAAGUUCCGUGGCUCCUCAUCGGAGCUGCAAUGCAGCCUGCCCCCGCGUCUGGCCGGCCGGGACCUCAAGCGCCUGGUGGCCGGAGACCUUGAGGGCUGCGCUGUGGCCGCCCGGCCCUCCCGUCCCAUCCGGACCGGCGGGCCCACAGAUGAGGAGCUGCUGGCACUGCCCAAGUGCUGCCAGCCGGAUGCUGCAGACAAGAACUCGGUGCUGGAGCCCGGGAGGCCGGGCUCAGCCGGAAAUGCACUGAAGGGGCGCGUGCCACCAGGCGACAGCCCACCGGGCAAUGGCUCAGGCCCACGGCACAUCAAUGACUCCCCCUUUGGGACCCUGCCCAGCUCGGCCGAGCCCCCACUGACCGCUCUGCGGCCUGAGGGCUCCGAGCCCCCAGGGUUCCCCACCUCAGGCCCUCGCCGGAGGCCUGGCUGUUCCCGCAAGAACCGCACCCGCAGCCACUGCCGCCUGGGCCAGGCAGGUAGUGGGGGCAGCGGGGCAGGCGACGCAGAGGGCUCAGGUGCCCUGCCCACACUGGCCUGCAGCUUUGCGCCCCUGGGCCUUGCGCUGGUGCUGGGGACAGUGCUCAGGCCCUGCUGACCCCCUGGCACGAGAGUGCUCCACAGCCAGCUGUGUGUACAUACGGGGUCUCCCUGCACCCGCCAGCAAACGGUAGGCCCCGCUGGGUAGGCCAGGCCCUCCCUGCCGGACACCUCCCGCCCGCCACCCCAUCUCCACCCAUCAUGUUUACAGGGUUCGGCGGCAGCGUUUGUUCCAGAACGCUGCCUCCCACCCGAUCGCGGUAUAGAGAGAUAUGCAUUUUAUUUUACUUGUGUAAAAAUAUUGGACGACGUGGAAUAAAGAGCUCUUUUCUUAA